AAUAUAAUAAAAAUUACAUGUGAUGCCCCGCAAACAACGCAGUAGCAUUAAAUUGAAAAGAAGACCUUUUUCUGAAGGAGACGGUGUAUCGAUAUCUUCAUUUACACAGUCUACUGAGGCUGGAGCAGUCAAAGAUGAGACUUCAACUAAUGUAGAAGUUGGAGCAGUCAAAGAUGAGACUUUAAAUAAGGUAGUAGUUGGAGCAGUCAAAGAUGAGGCUUCGGCUAAUGUAGAAAUUGAAGCAGUCAAAGACGAGGCUACAACUAGUGUAAAAGUUAAAGAAGUCAAAUAUGACACAACUCAAAAAAAUGUUGGAGUGACUAUAAAUACUGAUAAUGAAAAAACGAGCCAUGAGUAUACAAAGCAAAAUAGCACACGUAUUCAUUUGAGUCAUGGAGUUAGAACAAAAUUUACAAUAAAUGUUGGACCAAUCGACAAUGAUUUAAAAUAUACUGUAACACAGAAUGUAACACAACUAUCACCACAAUUGGCAUCAAAUUAUGGUGAAUCUAAACAGAAUUUUUCAGAUAGUGCUAAAACUUUUACAAACAAAGAACCUGUACUAGAAGAGGUUUUUAUAGAAGAUAUAAGACAAAAUGAAGAAUCACUUCCCGUGAACGACUCGGAUUGAACGUUAGUGGUAAAAAGAAGAAAGAUACUGGCGAAGACUCUGAUUCUGACGAUGACAGCGAGAAAGGUAAAAAGAAAAAGGACAAAGACAAGUCUGGAUUCGGAUUUGGAAUGAAGAUGCCAAAGUUUGGCGGAAGUGGUAAAGCAGAUAUACAUGGUCCAGAAGUUGAUGUUGAUGGAAAGUUGAAAGGUGGAAUAUCUGCUGAUGUGGAUGUACCCCAUUUGAAAUCUAAAGUUGAAGGACCUGAUGUUGAUGUUUCUGCUAAAUUGCCUUCAGGCAAUGUUGAUAUCAAUGCUCCGCAUGGUAAAGGAAGCAUUCCUGGUAUUGAUGUUAAAGGCGGACUCGGAUUGAACGUUAGUGGUAAAAAGAAGAAAGAUACUGGCGAAGACUCUGAUUCUGACGAUGACAGCGAGAAAGGUAAAAAGAAAAAGGACAAAGACAAGUCUGGAUUCGGAUUUGGAAUGAAGAUGCCAAAGUUUGGCGGAAGUGGUAAAGCAGAUAUACAUGGUCCAGAAGUUGAUGUUGAUGGAAAGUUGAAAGGUGGAAUAUCUGCUGAUGUGGAUGUACCCCAUUUGAAAUCUAAAGUUGAAGGACCUGAUGUUGAUGUUUCUGCUAAAUUGCCUUCAGGCAAUGUUGAUAUCAAUGCUCCGCAUGGUAAAGGAAGCAUUCCUGGUAUUGAUGUUAAAGGCGGACUCGGAUUGAACGUUAGUGGUAAAAAGAAGAAAGAUACUGGCGAAGACUCUGAUUCUGACGAUGACAGCGAGAAAGGUAAAAAGAAAAAGGACAAAGACAAGUCUGGAUUCGGAUUUGGAAUGAAGAUGCCAAAGUUUGGCGGAAGUGGUAAAGCAGAUAUACAUGGUCCAGAAGUUGAUGUUGAUGGAAAGUUGAAAGGUGGAAUAUCUGCUGAUGUGGAUGUACCCCAUUUGAAAUCUAAAGUUGAAGGACCUGAUGUUGAUGUUUCUGCUAAAUUGCCUUCAGGCAAUGUUGAUAUCAAUGCUCCGCAUGGUAAAGGAAGCAUUCCUGGUAUUGAUGUUAAAGGCGGACUCGGAUUGAACGUUAGUGGUAAAAAGAAGAAAGAUACUGGCGAAGACUCUGAUUCUGACGAUGACAGCGAGAAAGGUAAAAAGAAAAAGGACAAAGACAAGUCUGGAUUCGGAUUUGGAAUGAAGAUGCCAAAGUUUGGCGGAAGUGGUAAAGCAGAUAUACAUGGUCCAGAAGUUGAUGUUGAUGGAAAGUUGAAAGGUGGAAUAUCUGCUGAUGUGGAUGUACCCCAUUUGAAAUCUAAAGUUGAAGGACCUGAUGUUGAUGUUUCUGCUAAAUUGCCUUCAGGCAAUGUUGAUAUCAAUGCUCCGCAUGGUAAAGGAAGCAUUCCUGGUAUUGAUGUUAAAGGCGGACUCGGAUUGAACGUUAGUGGUAAAAAGAAGAAAGAUACUGGCGAAGACUCUGAUUCUGACGAUGACAGCGAGAAAGGUAAAAAGAAAAAGGACAAAGACAAGUCUGGAUUCGGAUUUGGAAUGAAGAUGCCAAAGUUUGGCGGAAGUGGUAAAGCAGAUAUACAUGGUCCAGAAGUUGAUGUUGAUGGAAAGUUGAAAGGUGGAAUAUCUGCUGAUGUGGAUGUACCCCAUUUGAAAUCUAAAGUUGAAGGACCUGAUGUUGAUGUUUCUGCUAAAUUGCCUUCAGGCAAUGUUGAUAUCAAUGCUCCGCAUGGUAAAGGAAGCAUUCCUGGUAUUGAUGUUAAAGGCGGACUCGGAUUGAACGUUAGUGGUAAAAAGAAGAAAGAUACUGGCGAAGACUCUGAUUCUGACGAUGACAGCGAGAAAGGUAAAAAGAAAAAGGACAAAGACAAGUCUGGAUUCGGAUUUGGAAUGAAGAUGCCAAAGUUUGGCGGAAGUGGUAAAGCAGAUAUACAUGGUCCAGAAGUUGAUGUUGAUGGAAAGUUGAAAGGUGGAAUAUCUGCUGAUGUGGAUGUACCCCAUUUGAAAUCUAAAGUUGAAGGACCUGAUGUUGAUGUUUCUGCUAAAUUGCCUUCAGGCAAUGUUGAUAUCAAUGCUCCGCAUGGUAAAGGAAGCAUUCCUGGUAUUGAUGUUAAAGGCGGACUCGGAUUGAACGUUAGUGGUAAAAAGAAGAAAGAUACUGGCGAAGACUCUGAUUCUGACGAUGACAGCGAGAAAGGUAAAAAGAAAAAGGACAAAGACAAGUCUGGAUUCGGAUUUGGAAUGAAGAUGCCAAAGUUUGGCGGAAGUGGUAAAGCAGAUAUACAUGGUCCAGAAGUUGAUGUUGAUGGAAAGUUGAAAGGUGGAAUAUCUGCUGAUGUGGAUGUACCCCAUUUGAAAUCUAAAGUUGAAGGACCUGAUGUUGAUGUUUCUGCUAAAUUGCCUUCAGGCAAUGUUGAUAUCAAUGCUCCGCAUGGUAAAGGAAGCAUUCCUGGUAUUGAUGUUAAAGGCGGACUCGGAUUGAACGUUAGUGGUAAAAAGAAGAAAGAUACUGGCGAAGACUCUGAUUCUGACGAUGACAGCGAGAAAGGUAAAAAGAAAAAGGACAAAGACAAGUCUGGAUUCGGAUUUGGAAUGAAGAUGCCAAAGUUUGGCGGAAGUGGUAAAGCAGAUAUACAUGGUCCAGAAGUUGAUGUUGAUGGAAAGUUGAAAGGUGGAAUAUCUGCUGAUGUGGAUGUACCCCAUUUGAAAUCUAAAGUUGAAGGACCUGAUGUUGAUGUUUCUGCUAAAUUGCCUUCAGGCAAUGUUGAUAUCAAUGCUCCGCAUGGUAAAGGAAGCAUUCCUGGUAUUGAUGUUAAAGGCGGACUCGGAUUGAACGUUAGUGGUAAAAAGAAGAAAGAUACUGGCGAAGACUCUGAUUCUGACGAUGACAGCGAGAAAGGUAAAAAGAAAAAGGACAAAGACAAGUCUGGAUUCGGAUUUGGAAUGAAGAUGCCAAAGUUUGGCGGAAGUGGUAAAGCAGAUAUACAUGGUCCAGAAGUUGAUGUUGAUGGAAAGUUGAAAGGUGGAAUAUCUGCUGAUGUGGAUGUACCCCAUUUGAAAUCUAAAGUUGAAGGACCUGAUGUUGAUGUUUCUGCUAAAUUGCCUUCAGGCAAUGUUGAUAUCAAUGCUCCGCAUGGUAAAGGAAGCAUUCCUGGUAUUGAUGUUAAAGGCGGACUCGGAUUGAACGUUAGUGGUAAAAAGAAGAAAGAUACUGGCGAAGACUCUGAUUCUGACGAUGACAGCGAGAAAGGUAAAAAGAAAAAGGACAAAGACAAGUCUGGAUUCGGAUUUGGAAUGAAGAUGCCAAAGUUUGGCGGAAGUGGUAAAGCAGAUAUACAUGGUCCAGAAGUUGAUGUUGAUGGAAAGUUGAAAGGUGGAAUAUCUGCUGAUGUGGAUGUACCCCAUUUGAAAUCUAAAGUUGAAGGACCUGAUGUUGAUGUUUCUGCUAAAUUGCCUUCAGGCAAUGUUGAUAUCAAUGCUCCGCAUGGUAAAGGAAGCAUUCCUGGUAUUGAUGUUAAAGGCGGACUCGGAUUGAACGUUAGUGGUAAAAAGAAGAAAGAUACUGGCGAAGACUCUGAUUCUGACGAUGACAGCGAGAAAGGUAAAAAGAAAAAGGACAAAGACAAGUCUGGAUUCGGAUUUGGAAUGAAGAUGCCAAAGUUUGGCGGAAGUGGUAAAGCAGAUAUACAUGGUCCAGAAGUUGAUGUUGAUGGAAAGUUGAAAGGUGGAAUAUCUGCUGAUGUGGAUGUACCCCAUUUGAAAUCUAAAGUUGAAGGACCUGAUGUUGAUGUUUCUGCUAAAUUGCCUUCAGGCAAUGUUGAUAUCAAUGCUCCGCAUGGUAAAGGAAGCAUUCCUGGUAUUGAUGUUAAAGGCGGACUCGGAUUGAACGUUAGUGGUAAAAAGAAGAAAGAUACUGGCGAAGACUCUGAUUCUGACGAUGACAGCGAGAAAGGUAAAAAGAAAAAGGACAAAGACAAGUCUGGAUUCGGAUUUGGAAUGAAGAUGCCAAAGUUUGGCGGAAGUGGUAAAGCAGAUAUACAUGGUCCAGAAGUUGAUGUUGAUGGAAAGUUGAAAGGUGGAAUAUCUGCUGAUGUGGAUGUACCCCAUUUGAAAUCUAAAGUUGAAGGACCUGAUGUUGAUGUUUCUGCUAAAUUGCCUUCAGGCAAUGUUGAUAUCAAUGCUCCGCAUGGUAAAGGAAGCAUUCCUGGUAUUGAUGUUAAAGGCGGACUCGGAUUGAACGUUAGUGGUAAAAAGAAGAAAGAUACUGGCGAAGACUCUGAUUCUGACGAUGACAGCGAGAAAGGUAAAAAGAAAAAGGACAAAGACAAGUCUGGAUUCGGAUUUGGAAUGAAGAUGCCAAAGUUUGGCGGAAGUGGUAAAGCAGAUAUACAUGGUCCAGAAGUUGAUGUUGAUGGAAAGUUGAAAGGUGGAAUAUCUGCUGAUGUGGAUGUACCCCAUUUGAAAUCUAAAGUUGAAGGACCUGAUGUUGAUGUUUCUGCUAAAUUGCCUUCAGGCAAUGUUGAUAUCAAUGCUCCGCAUGGUAAAGGAAGCAUUCCUGGUAUUGAUGUUAAAGGCGGACUCGGAUUGAACGUUAGUGGUAAAAAGAAGAAAGAUACUGGCGAAGACUCUGAUUCUGACGAUGACAGCGAGAAAGGUAAAAAGAAAAAGGACAAAGACAAGUCUGGAUUCGGAUUUGGAAUGAAGAUGCCAAAGUUUGGCGGAAGUGGUAAAGCAGAUAUACAUGGUCCAGAAGUUGAUGUUGAUGGAAAGUUGAAAGGUGGAAUAUCUGCUGAUGUGGAUGUACCCCAUUUGAAAUCUAAAGUUGAAGGACCUGAUGUUGAUGUUUCUGCUAAAUUGCCUUCAGGCAAUGUUGAUAUCAAUGCUCCGCAUGGUAAAGGAAGCAUUCCUGGUAUUGAUGUUAAAGGCGGACUCGGAUUGAACGUUAGUGGUAAAAAGAAGAAAGAUACUGGCGAAGACUCUGAUUCUGACGAUGACAGCGAGAAAGGUAAAAAGAAAAAGGACAAAGACAAGUCUGGAUUCGGAUUUGGAAUGAAGAUGCCAAAGUUUGGCGGAAGUGGUAAAGCAGAUAUACAUGGUCCAGAAGUUGAUGUUGAUGGAAAGUUGAAAGGUGGAAUAUCUGCUGAUGUGGAUGUACCCCAUUUGAAAUCUAAAGUUGAAGGACCUGAUGUUGAUGUUUCUGCUAAAUUGCCUUCAGGCAAUGUUGAUAUCAAUGCUCCGCAUGGUAAAGGAAGCAUUCCUGGUAUUGAUGUUAAAGGCGGACUCGGAUUGAACGUUAGUGGUAAAAAGAAGAAAGAUACUGGCGAAGACUCUGAUUCUGACGAUGACAGCGAGAAAGGUAAAAAGAAAAAGGACAAAGACAAGUCUGGAUUCGGAUUUGGAAUGAAGAUGCCAAAGUUUGGCGGAAGUGGUAAAGCAGAUAUACAUGGUCCAGAAGUUGAUGUUGAUGGAAAGUUGAAAGGUGGAAUAUCUGCUGAUGUGGAUGUACCCCAUUUGAAAUCUAAAGUUGAAGGACCUGAUGUUGAUGUUUCUGCUAAAUUGCCUUCAGGCAAUGUUGAUAUCAAUGCUCCGCAUGGUAAAGGAAGCAUUCCUGGUAUUGAUGUUAAAGGCGGACUCGGAUUGAACGUUAGUGGUAAAAAGAAGAAAGAUACUGGCGAAGACUCUGAUUCUGACGAUGACAGCGAGAAAGGUAAAAAGAAAAAGGACAAAGACAAGUCUGGAUUCGGAUUUGGAAUGAAGAUGCCAAAGUUUGGCGGAAGUGGUAAAGCAGAUAUACAUGGUCCAGAAGUUGAUGUUGAUGGAAAGUUGAAAGGUGGAAUAUCUGCUGAUGUGGAUGUACCCCAUUUGAAAUCUAAAGUUGAAGGACCUGAUGUUGAUGUUUCUGCUAAAUUGCCUUCAGGCAAUGUUGAUAUCAAUGCUCCGCAUGGUAAAGGAAGCAUUCCUGGUAUUGAUGUUAAAGGCGGACUCGGAUUGAACGUUAGUGGUAAAAAGAAGAAAGAUACUGGCGAAGACUCUGAUUCUGACGAUGACAGCGAGAAAGGUAAAAAGAAAAAGGACAAAGACAAGUCUGGAUUCGGAUUUGGAAUGAAGAUGCCAAAGUUUGGCGGAAGUGGUAAAGCAGAUAUACAUGGUCCAGAAGUUGAUGUUGAUGGAAAGUUGAAAGGUGGAAUAUCUGCUGAUGUGGAUGUACCCCAUUUGAAAUCUAAAGUUGAAGGACCUGAUGUUGAUGUUUCUGCUAAAUUGCCUUCAGGCAAUGUUGAUAUCAAUGCUCCGCAUGGUAAAGGAAGCAUUCCUGGUAUUGAUGUUAAAGGCGGACUCGGAUUGAACGUUAGUGGUAAAAAGAAGAAAGAUACUGGCGAAGACUCUGAUUCUGACGAUGACAGCGAGAAAGGUAAAAAGAAAAAGGACAAAGACAAGUCUGGAUUCGGAUUUGGAAUGAAGAUGCCAAAGUUUGGCGGAAGUGGUAAAGCAGAUAUACAUGGUCCAGAAGUUGAUGUUGAUGGAAAGUUGAAAGGUGGAAUAUCUGCUGAUGUGGAUGUACCCCAUUUGAAAUCUAAAGUUGAAGGACCUGAUGUUGAUGUUUCUGCUAAAUUGCCUUCAGGCAAUGUUGAUAUCAAUGCUCCGCAUGGUAAAGGAAGCAUUCCUGGUAUUGAUGUUAAAGGCGGACUCGGAUUGAACGUUAGUGGUAAAAAGAAGAAAGAUACUGGCGAAGACUCUGAUUCUGACGAUGACAGCGAGAAAGGUAAAAAGAAAAAGGACAAAGACAAGUCUGGAUUCGGAUUUGGAAUGAAGAUGCCAAAGUUUGGCGGAAGUGGUAAAGCAGAUAUACAUGGUCCAGAAGUUGAUGUUGAUGGAAAGUUGAAAGGUGGAAUAUCUGCUGAUGUGGAUGUACCCCAUUUGAAAUCUAAAGUUGAAGGACCUGAUGUUGAUGUUUCUGCUAAAUUGCCUUCAGGCAAUGUUGAUAUCAAUGCUCCGCAUGGUAAAGGAAGCAUUCCUGGUAUUGAUGUUAAAGGCGGACUCGGAUUGAACGUUAGUGGUAAAAAGAAGAAAGAUACUGGCGAAGACUCUGAUUCUGACGAUGACAGCGAGAAAGGUAAAAAGAAAAAGGACAAAGACAAGUCUGGAUUCGGAUUUGGAAUGAAGAUGCCAAAGUUUGGCGGAAGUGGUAAAGCAGAUAUACAUGGUCCAGAAGUUGAUGUUGAUGGAAAGUUGAAAGGUGGAAUAUCUGCUGAUGUGGAUGUACCCCAUUUGAAAUCUAAAGUUGAAGGACCUGAUGUUGAUGUUUCUGCUAAAUUGCCUUCAGGCAAUGUUGAUAUCAAUGCUCCGCAUGGUAAAGGAAGCAUUCCUGGUAUUGAUGUUAAAGGCGGACUCGGAUUGAACGUUAGUGGUAAAAAGAAGAAAGAUACUGGCGAAGACUCUGAUUCUGACGAUGACAGCGAGAAAGGUAAAAAGAAAAAGGACAAAGACAAGUCUGGAUUCGGAUUUGGAAUGAAGAUGCCAAAGUUUGGCGGAAGUGGUAAAGCAGAUAUACAUGGUCCAGAAGUUGAUGUUGAUGGAAAGUUGAAAGGUGGAAUAUCUGCUGAUGUGGAUGUACCCCAUUUGAAAUCUAAAGUUGAAGGACCUGAUGUUGAUGUUUCUGCUAAAUUGCCUUCAGGCAAUGUUGAUAUCAAUGCUCCGCAUGGUAAAGGAAGCAUUCCUGGUAUUGAUGUUAAAGGCGGACUCGGAUUGAACGUUAGUGGUAAAAAGAAGAAAGAUACUGGCGAAGACUCUGAUUCUGACGAUGACAGCGAGAAAGGUAAAAAGAAAAAGGACAAAGACAAGUCUGGAUUCGGAUUUGGAAUGAAGAUGCCAAAGUUUGGCGGAAGUGGUAAAGCAGAUAUACAUGGUCCAGAAGUUGAUGUUGAUGGAAAGUUGAAAGGUGGAAUAUCUGCUGAUGUGGAUGUACCCCAUUUGAAAUCUAAAGUUGAAGGACCUGAUGUUGAUGUUUCUGCUAAAUUGCCUUCAGGCAAUGUUGAUAUCAAUGCUCCGCAUGGUAAAGGAAGCAUUCCUGGUAUUGAUGUUAAAGGCGGACUCGGAUUGAACGUUAGUGGUAAAAAGAAGAAAGAUACUGGCGAAGACUCUGAUUCUGACGAUGACAGCGAGAAAGGUAAAAAGAAAAAGGACAAAGACAAGUCUGGAUUCGGAUUUGGAAUGAAGAUGCCAAAGUUUGGCGGAAGUGGUAAAGCAGAUAUACAUGGUCCAGAAGUUGAUGUUGAUGGAAAGUUGAAAGGUGGAAUAUCUGCUGAUGUGGAUGUACCCCAUUUGAAAUCUAAAGUUGAAGGACCUGAUGUUGAUGUUUCUGCUAAAUUGCCUUCAGGCAAUGUUGAUAUCAAUGCUCCGCAUGGUAAAGGAAGCAUUCCUGGUAUUGAUGUUAAAGGCGGACUCGGAUUGAACGUUAGUGGUAAAAAGAAGAAAGAUACUGGCGAAGACUCUGAUUCUGACGAUGACAGCGAGAAAGGUAAAAAGAAAAAGGACAAAGACAAGUCUGGAUUCGGAUUUGGAAUGAAGAUGCCAAAGUUUGGCGGAAGUGGUAAAGCAGAUAUACAUGGUCCAGAAGUUGAUGUUGAUGGAAAGUUGAAAGGUGGAAUAUCUGCUGAUGUGGAUGUACCCCAUUUGAAAUCUAAAGUUGAAGGACCUGAUGUUGAUGUUUCUGCUAAAUUGCCUUCAGGCAAUGUUGAUAUCAAUGCUCCGCAUGGUAAAGGAAGCAUUCCUGGUAUUGAUGUUAAAGGCGGACUCGGAUUGAACGUUAGUGGUAAAAAGAAGAAAGAUACUGGCGAAGACUCUGAUUCUGACGAUGACAGCGAGAAAGGUAAAAAGAAAAAGGACAAAGACAAGUCUGGAUUCGGAUUUGGAAUGAAGAUGCCAAAGUUUGGCGGAAGUGGUAAAGCAGAUAUACAUGGUCCAGAAGUUGAUGUUGAUGGAAAGUUGAAAGGUGGAAUAUCUGCUGAUGUGGAUGUACCCCAUUUGAAAUCUAAAGUUGAAGGACCUGAUGUUGAUGUUUCUGCUAAAUUGCCUUCAGGCAAUGUUGAUAUCAAUGCUCCGCAUGGUAAAGGAAGCAUUCCUGGUAUUGAUGUUAAAGGCGGACUCGGAUUGAACGUUAGUGGUAAAAAGAAGAAAGAUACUGGCGAAGACUCUGAUUCUGACGAUGACAGCGAGAAAGGUAAAAAGAAAAAGGACAAAGACAAGUCUGGAUUCGGAUUUGGAAUGAAGAUGCCAAAGUUUGGCGGAAGUGGUAAAGCAGAUAUACAUGGUCCAGAAGUUGAUGUUGAUGGAAAGUUGAAAGGUGGAAUAUCUGCUGAUGUGGAUGUACCCCAUUUGAAAUCUAAAGUUGAAGGACCUGAUGUUGAUGUUUCUGCUAAAUUGCCUUCAGGCAAUGUUGAUAUCAAUGCUCCGCAUGGUAAAGGAAGCAUUCCUGGUAUUGAUGUUAAAGGCGGACUCGGAUUGAACGUUAGUGGUAAAAAGAAGAAAGAUACUGGCGAAGACUCUGAUUCUGACGAUGACAGCGAGAAAGGUAAAAAGAAAAAGGACAAAGACAAGUCUGGAUUCGGAUUUGGAAUGAAGAUGCCAAAGUUUGGCGGAAGUGGUAAAGCAGAUAUACAUGGUCCAGAAGUUGAUGUUGAUGGAAAGUUGAAAGGUGGAAUAUCUGCUGAUGUGGAUGUACCCCAUUUGAAAUCUAAAGUUGAAGGACCUGAUGUUGAUGUUUCUGCUAAAUUGCCUUCAGGCAAUGUUGAUAUCAAUGCUCCGCAUGGUAAAGGAAGCAUUCCUGGUAUUGAUGUUAAAGGCGGACUCGGAUUGAACGUUAGUGGUAAAAAGAAGAAAGAUACUGGCGAAGACUCUGAUUCUGACGAUGACAGCGAGAAAGGUAAAAAGAAAAAGGACAAAGACAAGUCUGGAUUCGGAUUUGGAAUGAAGAUGCCAAAGUUUGGCGGAAGUGGUAAAGCAGAUAUACAUGGUCCAGAAGUUGAUGUUGAUGGAAAGUUGAAAGGUGGAAUAUCUGCUGAUGUGGAUGUACCCCAUUUGAAAUCUAAAGUUGAAGGACCUGAUGUUGAUGUUUCUGCUAAAUUGCCUUCAGGCAAUGUUGAUAUCAAUGCUCCGCAUGGUAAAGGAAGCAUUCCUGGUAUUGAUGUUAAAGGCGGACUCGGAUUGAACGUUAGUGGUAAAAAGAAGAAAGAUACUGGCGAAGACUCUGAUUCUGACGAUGACAGCGAGAAAGGUAAAAAGAAAAAGGACAAAGACAAGUCUGGAUUCGGAUUUGGAAUGAAGAUGCCAAAGUUUGGCGGAAGUGGUAAAGCAGAUAUACAUGGUCCAGAAGUUGAUGUUGAUGGAAAGUUGAAAGGUGGAAUAUCUGCUGAUGUGGAUGUACCCCAUUUGAAAUCUAAAGUUGAAGGACCUGAUGUUGAUGUUUCUGCUAAAUUGCCUUCAGGCAAUGUUGAUAUCAAUGCUCCGCAUGGUAAAGGAAGCAUUCCUGGUAUUGAUGUUAAAGGCGGACUCGGAUUGAACGUUAGUGGUAAAAAGAAGAAAGAUACUGGCGAAGACUCUGAUUCUGACGAUGACAGCGAGAAAGGUAAAAAGAAAAAGGACAAAGACAAGUCUGGAUUCGGAUUUGGAAUGAAGAUGCCAAAGUUUGGCGGAAGUGGUAAAGCAGAUAUACAUGGUCCAGAAGUUGAUGUUGAUGGAAAGUUGAAAGGUGGAAUAUCUGCUGAUGUGGAUGUACCCCAUUUGAAAUCUAAAGUUGAAGGACCUGAUGUUGAUGUUUCUGCUAAAUUGCCUUCAGGCAAUGUUGAUAUCAAUGCUCCGCAUGGUAAAGGAAGCAUUCCUGGUAUUGAUGUUAAAGGCGGACUCGGAUUGAACGUUAGUGGUAAAAAGAAGAAAGAUACUGGCGAAGACUCUGAUUCUGACGAUGACAGCGAGAAAGGUAAAAAGAAAAAGGACAAAGACAAGUCUGGAUUCGGAUUUGGAAUGAAGAUGCCAAAGUUUGGCGGAAGUGGUAAAGCAGAUAUACAUGGUCCAGAAGUUGAUGUUGAUGGAAAGUUGAAAGGUGGAAUAUCUGCUGAUGUGGAUGUACCCCAUUUGAAAUCUAAAGUUGAAGGACCUGAUGUUGAUGUUUCUGCUAAAUUGCCUUCAGGCAAUGUUGAUAUCAAUGCUCCGCAUGGUAAAGGAAGCAUUCCUGGUAUUGAUGUUAAAGGCGGACUCGGAUUGAACGUUAGUGGUAAAAAGAAGAAAGAUACUGGCGAAGACUCUGAUUCUGACGAUGACAGCGAGAAAGGUAAAAAGAAAAAGGACAAAGACAAGUCUGGAUUCGGAUUUGGAAUGAAGAUGCCAAAGUUUGGCGGAAGUGGUAAAGCAGAUAUACAUGGUCCAGAAGUUGAUGUUGAUGGAAAGUUGAAAGGUGGAAUAUCUGCUGAUGUGGAUGUACCCCAUUUGAAAUCUAAAGUUGAAGGACCUGAUGUUGAUGUUUCUGCUAAAUUGCCUUCAGGCAAUGUUGAUAUCAAUGCUCCGCAUGGUAAAGGAAGCAUUCCUGGUAUUGAUGUUAAAGGCGGACUCGGAUUGAACGUUAGUGGUAAAAAGAAGAAAGAUACUGGCGAAGACUCUGAUUCUGACGAUGACAGCGAGAAAGGUAAAAAGAAAAAGGACAAAGACAAGUCUGGAUUCGGAUUUGGAAUGAAGAUGCCAAAGUUUGGCGGAAGUGGUAAAGCAGAUAUACAUGGUCCAGAAGUUGAUGUUGAUGGAAAGUUGAAAGGUGGAAUAUCUGCUGAUGUGGAUGUACCCCAUUUGAAAUCUAAAGUUGAAGGACCUGAUGUUGAUGUUUCUGCUAAAUUGCCUUCAGGCAAUGUUGAUAUCAAUGCUCCGCAUGGUAAAGGAAGCAUUCCUGGUAUUGAUGUUAAAGGCGGACUCGGAUUGAACGUUAGUGGUAAAAAGAAGAAAGAUACUGGCGAAGACUCUGAUUCUGACGAUGACAGCGAGAAAGGUAAAAAGAAAAAGGACAAAGACAAGUCUGGAUUCGGAUUUGGAAUGAAGAUGCCAAAGUUUGGCGGAAGUGGUAAAGCAGAUAUACAUGGUCCAGAAGUUGAUGUUGAUGGAAAGUUGAAAGGUGGAAUAUCUGCUGAUGUGGAUGUACCCCAUUUGAAAUCUAAAGUUGAAGGACCUGAUGUUGAUGUUUCUGCUAAAUUGCCUUCAGGCAAUGUUGAUAUCAAUGCUCCGCAUGGUAAAGGAAGCAUUCCUGGUAUUGAUGUUAAAGGCGGACUCGGAUUGAACGUUAGUGGUAAAAAGAAGAAAGAUACUGGCGAAGACUCUGAUUCUGACGAUGACAGCGAGAAAGGUAAAAAGAAAAAGGACAAAGACAAGUCUGGAUUCGGAUUUGGAAUGAAGAUGCCAAAGUUUGGCGGAAGUGGUCAAAGGCAGAUACAUGGUCCAGAAGUUGAUGUUGAUGGAAAGUUGAAAGGUGGAAUAUCUGCUGAUGUGGAUGUACCCCAUUUGAAAUCUAAAGUUGAAGGACCUGAUGUUGAUGUUUCUGCUAAAUUGCCUUCAGGCAAUGUUGAUAUCAAUGCUCCGCAUGGUAAAGGAAGCAUUCCUGGUAUUGAUGUUAAAGGCGGACUCGGAUUGAACGUUAGUGGUAAAAAGAAGAAAGAUACUGGCGAAGACUCUGAUUCUGACGAUGACAGCGAGAAAGGUAAAAAGAAAAAGGACAAAGACAAGUCUGGAUUCGGAUUUGGAAUGAAGAUGCCAAAGUUUGGCGGAAGUGGUAAAGCAGAUAUACAUGGUCCAGAAGUUGAUGUUGAUGGAAAGUUGAAAGGUGGAAUAUCUGCUGAUGUGGAUGUACCCCAUUUGAAAUCUAAAGUUGAAGGACCUGAUGUUGAUGUUUCUGCUAAAUUGCCUUCAGGCAAUGUUGAUAUCAAUGCUCCGCAUGGUAAAGGAAGCAUUCCUGGUAUUGAUGUUAAAGGCGGACUCGGAUUGAACGUUAGUGGUAAAAAGAAGAAAGAUACUGGCGAAGACUCUGAUUCUGACGAUGACAGCGAGAAAGGUAAAAAGAAAAAGGACAAAGACAAGUCUGGAUUCGGAUUUGGAAUGAAGAUGCCAAAGUUUGGCGGAAGUGGUAAAGCAGAUAUACAUGGUCCAGAAGUUGAUGUUGAUGGAAAGUUGAAAGGUGGAAUAUCUGCUGAUGUGGAUGUACCCCAUUUGAAAUCUAAAGUUGAAGGACCUGAUGUUGAUGUUUCUGCUAAAUUGCCUUCAGGCAAUGUUGAUAUCAAUGCUCCGCAUGGUAAAGGAAGCAUUCCUGGUAUUGAUGUUAAAGGCGGACUCGGAUUGAACUUUAGUGGUAAAAAGAAGAAAGAUACUGGCGAAGACUCUGAUUCUGACGAUGACAGCGAGAAAGGUAAAAAGAAAAAGGACAAAGACAAGUCUGGAUUCGGAUUUGGAAUGAAGAUGCCAAAGUUUGGCGGAAGUGUCAAAGGUCAUAAACAUGGGCCUGAUGUUGACGUUAAUGGAAAGUUGAAAGGUGGAAUAUCUGCUGAUGUGGAUGUACCCCAUUUGAAAUCUAAAGUUGAAGGACCUGAUGUUGAUGUUUUUGAUAAAUUGCCUUCAGGCAAUGUUGAUAUCAAUGCUCCGCAUGGUAAAGGAAGCAUUCCUGGUAUUGAUGUUAAAGGCGGACUCGGAUUGAACGUUAGUGGUAAAAAGAAGAAAGAUACUGGCGAAGACUCUGAUUCUGACGAUGACAGCGAGAAAGGUAAAAAGAAAAAGGACAAAGACAAGUCUGGAUUCGGAUUUGGAAUGAAGAUGCCAAAGUUUGGCGGAAGUGGUAAAGCAGAUAUACAUGGUCCAGAAGUUGAUGUUGAUGGAAAGUUGAAAGGUGGAAUAUCUGCUGAUGUGGAUGUACCCCAUUUGAAAUCUAAAGUUGAAGGACCUGAUGUUGAUGUUUCUGCUAAAUUGCCUUCAGGCAAUGUUGAUAUCAAUGCUCAGCAUGGUAAAGGAAGCAUUCCUGGUAUUGAUGUUAAAGGCGGACUCGGAUUGAACGUUAGUGGUAAAAAGAAGAAAGAUACUGGCGAAGACUCUGAUUCUGACGAUGACAGCGAGAAAGGUAAAAAGAGAAAGGACAAAGACAAGUCUGGAUUCGGAUUUGGAAUGAAGAUGCCAAAGUUUGGCGGAAGUUUUAAAGGUCAUAAACAUGGGCCUGAUGUUGAUGUUGAUGGAAAGUUGAAAGGUGCAACAUCUGCUGAUGUUGAUGUACCUCAUUUGAAAUCUAAAGUUGAAGGACCUGAUGUUGAUGUUUCUGCUAAAUUGCCUUCAGGCAAUGUUGAUAUCAAUGCUCCGCAUGGUAAAGGAAGCAUUCCUGGUAUUGAUGUUAAAGGCGGACUCGGAUUGAACGUUAGUGGUAAAAAGAAGAAAGAUACUGGCGAAGACUCUGAUUCUGACGAUGACAAAGAGAAAGGUAAAAAGAAAAAGGACAAAGACAAGUCUGGAUUCGGAUUUGGAAUGAAGAUGCCAAAGUUUGGCGGAAGUGGUAAAGCAGAUAUACAUGGUCCAGAAGUUGAUGUUGAUGGAAAGUUGAAAGGUGGAAUAUCUGCUGAUGUGGAUGUACCCCAUUUGAAAUCUAAAGUUGAAGGACCUGAUGUUGAUGUUUCUGCUAAAUUGCCUUCAGGCAAUGUUGAUAUCAAUGCUCCGCAUGGUAAAGGAAGCAUUCCUGGUAUUGAUGUUAAAGGCGGACUCGGAUUGAACGUUAGUGGUAAAAAGAAGAAAGAUACUGGCGAAGACUCUGAUUCUGACGAUGACAGCGAGAAAGGUAAAAAGAAAAAGGACAAAGACAAGUCUGGAUUCGGAUUUGGAAUGAAGAUGCCAAAGUUUGGCGGAAGUGGUAAAGCAGAUAUACAUGGUCCAGAAGUUGAUGUUGAUGGAAAGUUGAAAGGUGGAAUAUCUGCUGAUGUGGAUGUACCCCAUUUGAAAUCUAAAGUUGAAGGACCUGAUGUUGAUGUUUCUGCUAAAUUGCCUUCAGGCAAUGUUGAUAUCAAUGCUCCGCAUGGUAAAGGAAGCAUUCCUGGUAUUGAUGUUAAAGGCGGACUCGGAUUGAACGUUAGUGGUAAAAAGAAGAAAGAUACUGGCGAAGACUCUGAUUCUGACGAUGACAGCGAGAAAGGUAAAAAGAAAAAGGACAAAGACAAGUCUGGAUUCGGAUUUGGAAUGAAGAUGCCAAAGUUUGGCGGAAGUGGUAAAGCAGAUAUACAUGGUCCAGAAGUUGAUGUUGAUGGAAAGUUGAAAGGUGGAAUAUCUGCUGAUGUGGAUGUACCCCAUUUGAAAUCUAAAGUUGAAGGACCUGAUGUUGAUGUUUCUGCUAAAUUGCCUUCAGGCAAUGUUGAUAUCAAUGCUCCGCAUGGUAAAGGAAGCAUUCCUGGUAUUGAUGUUAAAGGCGGACUCGGAUUGAACGUUAGUGGUAAAAAGAAGAAAGAUACUGGCGAAGACUCUGAUUCUGACGAUGACAGCGAGAAAGGUAAAAAGAAAAAGGACAAAGACAAGUCUGGAUUCGGAUUUGGAAUGAAGAUGCCAAAGUUUGGCGGAAGUGGUAAAGCAGAUAUACAUGGUCCAGAAGUUGAUGUUGAUGGAAAGUUGAAAGGUGGAAUAUCUGCUGAUGUGGAUGUACCCCAUUUGAAAUCUAAAGUUGAAGGACCUGAUGUUGAUGUUUCUGCUAAAUUGCCUUCAGGCAAUGUUGAUAUCAAUGCUCCGCAUGGUAAAGGAAGCAUUCCUGGUAUUGAUGUUAAAGGCGGACUCGGAUUGAACGUUAGUGGUAAAAAGAAGAAAGAUACUGGCGAAGACUCUGAUUCUGACGAUGACAGUGAGAAAGGUAAAAAGAAAAAGGACAAAGACAAGUCUGGAUUCGGAUUUGGAAUGAAGAUGCCAAAGUUUGGCGGAAGUGGUAAAGCAGAUAUACAUGGUCCAGAAGUUGAUGUUGAUGGAAAGUUGAAAGGUGGAAUAUCUGCUGAUGUGGAUGUACCCCAUUUGAAAUCUAAAGUUGAAGGACCUGAUGUUGAUGUUUCUGCUAAAUUGCCUUCAGGCAAUGUUGAUAUCAAUGCUUCGUUCUCUAAAGGAAACUAUCCUGGUUAUGAUGCGAAAGGGUUGAACGUUACAUCAAAUACUUCAAAUCUUUCCAACGAUUCUUCUACCUCUGUUGUUGAUACAAAUAAAGUUGCUAAGAAAAGGAAAGAUAAUGAUAAGUCUUCCCUCGGUUUCAAAUUGAAAAUGCCAAAGUUUGGUGGAAGUAGCAAAGCAGAUUCUUGUGGUUCUGAUCUAGUUGCUGGUGGUAACUUAAGUUCUGAUAUAUCUGUCGAUCCACUUGACUUAAAAUCUACAAGUGAUGUUUCUGAAACUCAUAUUUCUGGUGGUAAAAUGAAUGUUACUCUUUCUGGUGUUUCUGAGUGUAGUGAUAAGGUUUCUAAGAAAAAUAAAAAGCGUCAUUUGUUUGGUAACAAUAAGAAAUCAAAGAACAAUUCAAAUUUUUUUUGUUCUUUGGAAAAGCCUUCUGUUGAGUCUCCUGAGUUAGAUUCUCAUGGAGAACUCAGCCAACCAUCUGGCGAAAUUGCUCCUUCGGACUCUUUUGUUGCCAUCGAUAUCGGUGAGAAUUCUUUAAUUGAUAAUCAAGAUUUAUCAGUUAAUGCAAGUCCAAGAUCAGCAUCGUUUUUGCAAAAGUUCUUUCAAAAAAGUGAACCUAAACCUAAAUCCCAGUCCCUUUCUGAUGAUAGAACUCAUGAAAACAAGAAUUUGAGUACUGUAGAUAAAAAAGCAUUUAAGCAAGAAGUUUCAAUUGGUACAUUAAAACAAGAAGUUUCUAUUGGUGAUGUUAAACAAGACUUUGUAAUUAUAGAAUCUUCAAGUUCUCCAAAAAAUGAUCAUAUCAAAUCUCCUAAAUCUCCUAGUCUUCUUCGACGUAUCGGAAUGUUUUUCCAUUUGCAUUCUGACAAUUAUAACCUUGAAAAAGUUGAUUCAGAAUCUCAUUCAAAAGAGGAUAAAGCUUCUGAUCUGAAGGAUUCACACUCUGUUAAAGGAGACGAUUGCUUUGAAAUUCCUGAUGUUGUUAUAACUGUAUCUAAAAACACACCUUCUACAUUGUCGGUUACACAUUCUUCUGCUAACUCUAGUGGUUUGCCCACAGUUGUGGAAGGAAAUGUUUCAACGGCUAUUUCCGGCGAGAACAUCGUUUCCGACGGCGAUUCCACUCAAAAAACAAAAUCAACUUUAACCAGUGAUUUUUCAAUAUCCGGAGAAAGCUCUGUCAAGUUUUCAAUGAAUUAAAACCAGAGCAAGUAACCAAGCAACUGUUUAAAACCUUAGCAAGUAACCAAGCAACUGUUUAAAACCUUAGCAAGUAUUACUUUUUAGGCUCUGAUGUUUAUUUGGGAUUUUAAGGAUAUUGUGGUAUAAACAAUUUAAAAUGAAUUCGUGUAACAGAAGAGGCGAUUUUACAUUUGUAUAAGUUGUGUUUGACUCAUUAGUAUGAUAAUUUAUGAUAAAUAUGUAAAUAUAUUUAUUAUUUUUUAAAAAGGAAGUUUUUAAAAGUUUUUAGUUCUAACUUUUUGCUAAAUUUUGCAGAAAUAUGCUGAAUUUUGCACUAUUCUGACUUUUUUUAAAAUCCGUGGAUUUUUUUGUGAGCAAUUUAUGUGUUUUUUUUCGAAUGUUUUUUUAAAUUUCUUUUUUUUAUCUUUUUUUUUUUAUAGAAUUAAAUAGAUUAUUUAGAAAAAUUUUUAAAGAAAAAAAAAUGAUUUUUUAAUACCUUUUGUAAUCUUUUUAUAUCUUUAGUGUACAGCUCUUCUUGCGUUAAGACCGAUCUUUAUUUAAAGACUCGUUA